AUGAUUUCAACAACAAAAUCAUCUAAGCAGUUCGUUUCAUCAGUUGCCAUGAUGGAACGUCGGAAACGUGAAAAGGAACGAAAUAAAUUGUCGAUGAAGAGAAAGUUACCAUCAGAUGCAAAGUUGCGUUUUGGCAAAGAAUUUUUUGCAAAAUUAUGUGAACUGUUUCAAAGUGCUGAAGAGGAUUCUUGUGAUCGAUUACGUCAGAUGCAUGAUGAGUUAGCGGCUUAUUAUCAAGAACAUGAUUUGAAUGUUAUGUGGCUAUCGGAUGAUGAAGCUGAUAGUAAGGAACUUAAAGCACCAUUAUCCAAGAAAACUCAUCAGGAUGUUAAUAAAGGCGAUAUGCGUUCAAUAAAUAUUCCGCGAUCGAAGUUAGAAGCUAAGGAGAAACUGAAACUAAAGUCGAAUACUAAAAAUUCAGUGGUAAAUAGUUCACCAAUUCCAUCAUCAUUGUUAUUAUCUCAGUUUGAAUUAAGCGAUGAUUCUGAUGACAAUACUUCACGAAAAUUUUCUGGGUCUCAGAACAAAAAUUGUAAAGUUUGUUAUGCAUGUAGUGGUACAACGAGUUUGCCAAGUAAUACGAUCUUGGACUGUGAAGAAUGUGGCAAAACUGUUCACCAAAAAUGCGCUCGUCCUGAAAUUACAGCUUUACAGGCCAAAGAUCCACGUUUCUUAUUCGUUUGUAAUGAUUGCAAAGACCGCGAUGACGAGAAAAUGGGGUCAAGUUGUUCGAAGUCAGUUACUAAUUUUAGAAAAGAUGAUAAAGGAAGCAUGCGAAAGUCUUCAGAGGAAAGAAUUCAGCCGCUCAAACCGGAAAACGAUAUCUUAGUAACAUUCUCGAACUUCGCUGCUAAGAAAGCAAAGAAAUCCGCAUCGUCAGGAACUAGUGGUAGUUCGAAUCUGCAAGUUAGUGGCGUAACAAUAAAUAAAGUACUUCCUUCCUUUAGUGUUAAAGAUCGGAAAUAA